CUUCCUCCGGCAGGUGCGGCCCUCCCGGGCCGCCGCUGCGCGCUGGGCGGGGCGGGGAAGCUCCUCCUGCUCGGGCACCGGAGCGGCACAGCCGGGACGGCGGCUCUGCGGCGCGGGAGCUGCUUGCCCGCAGCUCGUCCCCCCCGCUGCCGUCGGAGCGGAGCGGGGCGGAGAGGCGGCGCCGCCACCGCACCGCCGUGCGCGGCCCCGGCACCUGCCCGAGGUCUCUGCACUGGGCUAUGUGGAAUGCAGGUGAGGUGGUGAUCCCUUGGGAACUGCAGCUGGAACACUCACAGCUUUCCCUAGAGGAUUAUAAAUUUUGAUAUUCAGAAGACUGAAGGAUGCCAUCUGAGAGGUGCCUGAGUGUUCAGGAAAUGCUGACAGGUCAGAGGCUUUGUCAGUCUAGCUCCCACAACGAUGCUGUCCUGGCAGCUCUGAACCAACAAAGAAGUGAUGGCAUACUUUGUGAUAUUACCCUAAUUGCUGAAGAGCAGAAAUUCCAUGCACAUAAAGCAGUCCUGGCAGCCUGCAGUGACUACUUCCGAGCAAUGUUCAGUCUCUGCAUGGUUGAGAGUGAAGCUGAUGAGGUGAAUUUACAUGGUGUCACAAGCCUUGGUUUAAAACAAGCCCUGGACUUUGCAUAUACUGGACAGAUCCUUUUGGAACCAGGGGUGAUACAGGACGUCCUAGCAGCUGGGAGUCAUUUGCAGCUGCUGGAGCUUCUCAGUUUAUGUUCUCACUAUCUCAUUGAGGAAUUAAAUAGUUUUAAUUACUUGGACCUGUACAAGCUUGCAGAUCUUUUCAACCUCACUUUGUUGGAGAAUGCAGUCAUUGGCUUCUUAGUAAAACAUCUCUCUGAGCUAUUGAAGAGUCAUCCUGAAGAAGUUCUGGCACUCCCAUACUGUCUUCUUCGAGAGGUUUUUAAAAGCGAUAGACUCACUUCACUCAGUGAAGAACAAAUCUGGCAGCUGGCUGUGAGGUGGUUGGAACACAACUGCCGCUACCAGUAUCUGGAUGAACUUCUCCAGUAUGUCCGCUUUGGCCUCAUGGAUGUGGAUACCCUGCAUACUGUAGCUCUUACUCAUCCUCUUGUCCAAGCCAGUGAAACUGCGACAGCGCUCAUUAAUGAGGCCUUGGCUUACCACCAGAGCGUCUAUGCACAGCCAGUUUGGCAAACUGCAAGGACAAAGCCUCGCUUCCAGUCAGACACUCUUUAUAUUAUUGGUGGGAAGAAACGAGAAGUCUGUAAAGUGAAGGAAUUGCGAUACUUCAACCCAGUAGACCAGGAGAACGUUCAUAUCGCGGGGAUCGCUAACUGGAGCGAGCUGGCGCCUAUGCCUGUGGGGAGGAGCCACCACUGCGUUGCUGUCAUGGGAGACUUUCUUUUUGUAGCUGGUGGAGAGGUAGAGCACUCCACAGGGCGCACGUGUGCCGUGAGAACUGUCUGUCGAUAUGACCCCCGCACCAACUCCUGGGCCGAGAUAGCUCCGAUGAAGAACUGCCGGGAACACUUUGUGCUGGGAGCCGUGGACGAGUACCUCUAUGCCGUAGGGGGCAGAAACGAAUUGCGUCAAGUGUUGCCCACAGUCGAACGCUACUGCCCCAAGAAGAACAAGUGGACCUUUGUACAGUCCUUUGAUCGGUCGCUCUCAUGCCAUGCGGGAUAUGUGGUGGAUGGUCUUCUUUGGAUAUCAGGAGGAGUAACAAAUACUGCACAAUAUCAAAAUAGACUCAUGGUCUAUGAUCCUAAGCAGAAUAAGUGGUUAAGCCGUAGCCCGAUGCUGCAGAGGAGAGUGUAUCACUCCAUGGCCGCCGUGCAAAGGAAGCUGUACGUGUUAGGUGGGAACGACCUCGACUACAACAACGAUCGGAUCCUGGUCCGUCACAUCGACUCCUACAGCAUAGACGCCGACCAGUGGACCCGUUGCAGCUUCAACAUGCUGACAGGUCAAAAUGAGUCUGGAGUUGCUGUCCACAAUGGUAGAAUAUAUUUAGUUGGUGGCUAUUCGAUUUGGACAAAUGAGCCUUUGGCAUGUAUCCAGGUGCUGGAUGUUAGCAAGGAGGGGAAGGAAGAGGUAUUCUAUGGGCCUACGCUCCCUUUUGCUUCCAAUGGAAUAGCAGCCUGCUUUCUUCCAGCUCCUUAUUUCACGUGUCCCAACCUUCAGACUCUGCAAGUGCCUCACCACAGGAUCGGCACAAUGUGACACAUUCCUUGCGCUUCACGGAAUCGGACGUGGAGAAGGAAAACAUCAAACCCUGUGUAUAGAAGGGUUUCUCUGGGUCAGUGAGAAGAAUCAAUCCACUUGGGCUGCUGCUUUACCAUCACACAUUUGUCUUAAAGUCAGAUCACAGCAGGCAGGAAGGAAGUUCCAAAGCUGGCUUGCAGUUUCCUCAGCCUCAGACACAGAGCAGAUACGUGAGCGCGUUUUGCAUUUCUGCCGGUGACCACUUGCUACGUGUCUUCGUCAUUUCCUUAUGCAACUUCGUCAGCCAUCGUGGAUGCUCUCAGCUCUUCCUGGGCCGCUGCUCUUUGGAGUCUGCACAUUCAGUUGUUCACCAGUGGCGCUUUCAAAGACAGUAAAAAAUCUCUGUUUAUGUUGACAAAGAUGAUACAAUACUGUGCUAAUUAUGCAACUUACUCAAUACCUUUGGCAAAAAGAAUAACAAAUGUGUUGACUUCCAAUUCUGAACUCCAUCGUUUACAGUUUCUCAUUUAAUAAUGCUUCAUUUGAAAUUUAAAUACUUCAAAACAGAUUAAAACAAAAAUAAAAAAAAAACAAACAAGCCCUAUAGGAUAUGAGGAACACAUAAAAAUUGUCUCAGCUGAAAGGCAAAGAAAAUGAAGCCUCAUGGUUAAACUCAAGUCUGAACUGAAUGUGUUUGUCUGAGAAUCUAAAGAUUGUUUGGGAUGUCAUUUACCAAGGUCUACUACCAAAUAAAUGUUACCUUCUGUCAUAUGAUCAAUUCUUCCUGACAGCUGCAGUCUUUUAAUGGUGGAGAUAAGCCUCUUUACUGUAUAAUUAAAAUGUGCCAUUUACUUAAUAUUUUUAAUAUCCAGUUUGCAAGGGGUCACCACAUUUACAAUUAUCAGUGAACAGUCUCAUUUUGUUCAACAUAUGGUCCCACAAAUCACUGGUCUCCAGAGGCUAAACAGGUGUAGAACAAUGUCAAUAUUUAUUUAUUUAUUCUUUCAUUUUAUAUAGCGUGUCUCCAUUCCACUCUCCAGGCAUAUGCCAGCUCACAGCAAAUACUCUAACCUGGUGUAUUUCGGCUUUGCUUGGCUACUGCAGUCCCUGUCUCUCAUCUCUGUGUUUUAUUUACAUAUUGAACAAAAAUGUCAAUGUUUGUAAAUAUUAACCAAGCAUGUAAUUAAAUCUUUCUCUAUUUCUGA